ACCACCGCCUCCGCCGCCGCCGCCGGCGGAGCCGCCUCCGUUGCAUCUCCACCUCCUCCGCCGCAUCCUCGCCAUCUCGUCCCCCCAAUCAUCACCGCCCCGACGGAUACACAAGCCGCUGUGAGGCGCCUCUUCCCCCAAGGCAAAAAAAUCCAUUCCAUUCCAUUCCACCAACGCAGUCCACGCGCCAUCGGACGAGAACCACACCUUUGACUCGCUGGCUGAUUCCUCCGCCAGAUCUAGGCGAGCCAUGAACGGAGGCGCCGCACCACCGGAGGCGGCCGCGCCGCCGGCGGCGGGGCCGGAUGCGGCGGCGGCGGCGGCGGCGGCUACGCCGAGCCACCGGCGGCUGCCGGACUUCCUCCAGAGCGUGAACCUCAAGUACGUGAAGCUGGGGUACCACUACCUCAUCACCCACCUCCUCACGCUCCUGCUGCUCCCUCUCAUGGCCGUCAUCAUCCUCGAGGCCGGCCGCACCGACCCCGACGAUCUCCGCCAGCUCUGGCUCCACCUCCAGUACAACCUCGUCUCCGUCCUCGUCCUCUCCGCCGUCCUCGUCUUCGGCGCCACUGUCUACGUGCUCACCCGCCCCCGCCCGGUCUACCUCGUCGACUUCGCCUGCUACAAGCCGCCCGACAACCUCAAGGUCCGCUUCGAAGAGUUCCUCCACCACUCCAAGCUGUGCGGAUUCUCCGAAGAUUGCCUCGAGUUCCAGCGCAAGAUCCUGGAGCGGUCUGGCCUCAGCGAGGAGACGUACGUCCCCGAGGCCAUGCACCUCAUCCCGCCGGUACCCACCAUGGCGAAUGCCCGCGCCGAGGCGGAGUCCGUCAUGUUCGGCGCGCUCGACAAUCUGUUCAAGGCCACCGGCGUCAAGCCCAAGGACGUCGGCGUCCUCGUCGUCAAUUGCAGCCUGUUCAACCCCACGCCGUCCCUCUCCGCCAUGAUCGUGAACAAGUACAAGCUGAGGGGGAACAUCAAGAGCUUUAACCUCGGCGGGAUGGGCUGCAGCGCCGGCGUGAUCGCCGUUGACCUCGCGCGCGACAUGCUGCAGGUGCACCGCAACACCUACGCCGUGGUGGUGAGCACGGAGAACAUCACCCAGAAUUGGUACUUCGGCAACCGCAAGUCGAUGCUGAUCCCCAACUGCCUGUUCCGCGUCGGCGGCGCGGCGGUGCUGCUCUCCAACCGCGGCUCCGACCGCCGCCGCGCCAAGUACGCCCUCAAGCACGUCGUGCGCACGCACAGGGGCGCGGACAACAAGGCGUUCAACUGCGUGUACCAGCAGCAGGACGACGAGGGAAAGACCGGCGUGUCGCUGUCCAAGGACCUCAUGGCCAUCGCCGGCGGCGCGCUCAAGACGAACAUCACCACGCUGGGCCCGCUGGUCCUCCCCGUCAGCGAGCAGCUCCUCUUCUUCGCCACGCUCGUGGCGAAGAAGCUGUUCAACGCCAAGAUCAAGCCCUACAUCCCGGACUUCAAGCUCGCGUUCGAGCACUUCUGCAUCCACGCCGGGGGCCGCGCCGUGAUCGACGAGCUGGAGAAGAACCUCCAGCUGCAGCCGGUCCACGUCGAGGCGUCCCGGAUGACGCUCCAUCGCUUCGGCAACACGUCGAGCAGCUCCAUCUGGUACGAGCUCGCCUACAUGGAGGCCAAGGGCCGCGUCCGCCGCGGCCACCGCAUCUGGCAGAUCGCGUUCGGCAGCGGGUUCAAGUGCAACAGCGCGGUCUGGCACGCUCUCCGCAACGUCAAGCCGUCACCGCAGAGCCCCUGGGAGGAUUGCAUUGACCGCUACCCGGUGGAGCUCGUCGACGGCUUCCCGACACACAACGCCCAGCAAUAACAAACAAACUCAAAAGUUUUCAGCACGGAUCAAAACCAGAAAUCCUCAGCAUGGUUGAUUAGUGAGUGACAUAAUUGCACUGCCUUUAUAGGGCAUGAUUUGCAUUGGAAGAAUCUCCAGCCUUGAUGCAACUCUGCUCUGCGACUGUCCACCUUCAUCAUUGGAUCACUGGUCUGUACUUCAUGGAUCAUCAGGUAAGUUUUACAGAGUAGCAGCAGAGCGCUGACGAGGUCAUUGGUAGCCUUCUUCCUAUUGUUGUAUUAUGUGUACAACUUGUUGUCUCUUUAGCCAUUGCUUCCAAUUGUCAUUUACUACUCCUAGAUACUGCCAUAGUGGUCCAGAGGAAAAGGUUGAAUUUUGUUUUUCUUUUCUUCUUUAUUCCUUCUUUUUUUUCUUUCUUUUUUGUCACAUGGGAUUGAUGUUAGUGGCAAGGGUGUUUUGAUCCUGCCAACCUAUGAUGAACGGAUCGAUGCGGUGUGUAUUUGUCCUCUUCAAUUGGAGGUUUCCUUUUGCUUAGCUAUUAUCAUUCA